GCAUGAAAGGAGGAGUAUUUAUGGUACACUAUUCUGAGGUACAAAUUAGUCAAAAAAAAAAAACAACUAUUCUAAGGUACAUUUUUUUGUUGUUGUUAACCAUUACAUAAGAGGUACCUUUGGCUACUUGAACUAUAUUCUAGUCUUUGCCUUGAGUUGAUACCGUAUCUUCUGUGAAUUUUCUAGGAAGAUGCUUUGGUUGUUUGCCGGCUUAGGAGGAACAGAGAGUUUUGUACUUGUACAAGUCAGAAGGCACCACCAGAGCCAAAUUUAGCAGCCGAUAAGCACAUGAUCUUGCAAAAUGGUGCCGCUAGUUCAGGGAGCCCGUUUCAUUGGGACAGACAUGGUUGAUUUUUACCUUGCAGGUGAAUCAGGGGACAACCAUCUCACUGAAACACCAGAAAAUCUACAGGUGGAAACUGGAGAGGAUUUCUAUGGAGAUAUCCUUAGGGACGAUAUCAUCAAUCUUGAUGAAGUGGUGAUGACAGGGAAGACACCAAACGAAGUGCCAACACUUGAAUCAGCAUCAAUGGCGAUAAGGAUACUUCCUUUACCAAACAUGAUAGACAGACAGAUGGCUUCAUUUUUAGAGGAAAGACCAUCACAGGAAAAGAAAGGGAAAGGGAUCAGUGGCACGGAACCACUGUCGAGCUGCUUCAUGGGUGUAUACUCGAUCAAAUGGGUCAACCGAGCAAGAUGGGACGUUAUUAUAGGUGUAGUUGGUCUCAUUGUAAUGCUGUUUUAUCAAGAGUAAUGCUAUGGAAGUAGUAAGAAGAACCAAUGGUGUUUUCUUGUUCGUUUUAUUGAACCAAACCGGUGUUAUAAAUCAAAA